UCUAAACAAAGAAAUGACAAAUUCCCCCUGCCAGCAGGAACUGGUGGUGCAGUCCAAUCAGCAUUUCAGCCUGCUGAGCCCUGAUGCCCAUCUUCUGUUUGGCAACUCCAAGGCAGGUAAGUACUGGCAGAAAAACAAAGAAAGAGUUAAUCUUAAGCAAACAAAAGUAACUUUAAGUUGAUAUAAAUACGCAUGCUGACUAAAUGUGCAUGCUAAGAAACAGAAUAAAUCUAUCCAAAUCAACUAAUAAACAUUUUUAUUGAAACUAAAAUGUUGAGUUUGUAUGAAAAAAUAAAUUGUGCAUAAAAGAGUUACCGACAUAGGAGUGUGGCCAUGGAUUUGGCUAUCACAUUGACCAAUAAAGUGCAGUCCACAAUUAUUAGUAUGUGUGAUAAAUGUAUAAAACUAAUGUGUUGCUGCACUUGUUUGCUAAAAUUGAAUAAUCUUUUAUGAUGGCAUUAACUUGCACUGUUUGCUUUUUGUUUAUUAUUUUUUAAAUAAUUCAAGUUUUAGUUUGAAUACAUUUUGACACAGCUGUAAAUUCUCCUACACUGAGUAAGAUUUUCAAUAUUGUAUAUUUACUUUUAUAUCAGUUUAUAUGUUUCUAAUUUGUAACCAUUGAAAAUGGAAAAGACAAAAAGACAUGCUAUUCAGAUAAGGGAUAUACUGUACAGUAGGUGCUUAUUGUCACUAUUAUGGUCACUGACCUCUAGGGGCUCUCUUCGUGUUUCAGUUCUACCUGGCUGCCACAGGUGCAAUGUGUUGGAGCUCGUCAGCCACCCAUAAAGAGCUACAACCAGAGAUGUCAGAUCCCUUCUUUUUCCCUGGGCCUUGAUCUGACGUGAUCUUGUCUGUGAGCUGACUGUUUGUGGGGACUUAAAUGAUUUUGCUGUGAGCAUUUUGUGAAGUAUCAAGUUUCUAAAGUUUUGUUUCUAUUCACAGUGGAAGCUGGUAGGGGUUCUCUGCCAUUUUUUUUAACUGUUUUCUCCUGUUUUGUGGUUAACCAGGGAGUUCAGGUUUUGUACUUUUUUUCAGUUCUCUUCUAGAAAGUGUUUCUUUAUUUUAUAAUUAAAAGGGAGGUGUUUUGUUUGUUGUUUUGGCCUUGGAGACCCUGAAGCUUAAAGCUUCCCUGUGUUUGUUGUCUCAUGUGAUUGAGAUUUUACUUGAACUGUAAAUUAAACUACAUUUUGCUACUGACACCAACUGUUUAGGUUACUUUUUUGUGUGUUACACCCAGUGCCAGAACUUACCGUUAGUGGUCUUGGGAGGGGUUGUAACAGUCACAAGUCAGAAAAUGGUUGUAAAAAACACCUAUUUAUCUAACUACCGUGAACAUGUGGUUAGAAAUUCACGUAUUACUUCAAUAUUCAAGCCAAAUUUUGAUUAUUGUGCUUCAGGAACAAACAUUUCCAGAAAGUUUGAUAAAUCAGUUAAUGUAAUUCCCUAAUUUUAGUUUGGGUUCAGAUAAAGAAUUAAAUAUGAAAGCAUGAGACUUCUUUAUGCUUGCAAACUUUUGUUAAUGUUUUGUUUAAAUAUGAUAGAUGCAAUAAGUGGGAAAAUUAUCUUAAAAUCUAACAGCUUGGUUUGAGAGCCAGUGACACAAAGCUGGAAUUGAAAUGUAAAUGCUUUUGCAGCUGAACUAAAGUUAAAAAUGUGACUGCAAUCACAUGCAUGCAAAUCUCUGGAAAUUUAAAGAAUGUGUGUCUUGUGUUGGCACACAAAGAGGGAGCAAAUCCUGCUUAAACGCUGCUUAAAAUUAACAUCUGAUAAAUCAUUACUAAAAUAUUAACUUUGACUCGUGUUCUGGAUUGUUUACUUUGAAUGACCUUUGAUACACUUUGCAUCUCUGUAGGAGUCUCCGUCAAGGGUAGAUUCACUCAGCCAUGAAUGUUUACUCAGUGUUCCCAAACCAAAGCAUGGGUUCCCACAUGAGAGAGCUCCUUUCUUUCUGGAUAAUUCUGACUUUCUUCUCAUCUAAAACAUCAGGUCUAGCAUGCAGCAGUACUUUGACAAACUGCUGUUCAGAUGUCAACCAGUCCUGCUUCCAGGUCUUGCCUUACUCCAGCUCCAUGCUGGGAGGAAGAGCGCUUAGGAUCCUCGGUUUGACUCUUCCUCCUGAUGGUCAACUUCUCUGCAGGUUCAAAGGUGAAAUUGAACAACAGGGGAUUAUUGAUGAAGAAAGUCAUCCGUACUGCAUAGCUCCUCUGUUGUAUGAAACGGGCUGGAUAUCGUUUGAUGUCUCGACAGAUGGUACAAAUUUCAACAGAUCUGGAGAGUUUCUGUCAGUCCAUCCCAGUAAAGCAGAUUCCACAUUUGAAGUCACCCUUGUGAAUUCAACUCUGUGGCAGAACUAUGGCACUCCGAACAUGGCCGGACAGCUGAAGAUGACCUGGAACAGCUCUUUAAUCAAAUCCGAGAGAGUCAAUGUAGAGCUGUGGGGUUACAGAGAGGUCAGCAGGAGCCCUGCAGGGUCGUCCUCUCUGCAGGCAGAGAUUAGUUACCUGUACUCUCUCGGCAGGAAUAUUUCCAACACAGGUGACUUCAGCUUCAUUCCUCAACCCAGAGAAAGGUUUUCCACGUGGGAAUUGGGGAAUAUUCGAAUAACUGCCAGUUCUAAAUCAGAGGGAGAAAGGAAUGUACAGUCCCUGUGGAGCGGAGGCCAUGUUCUGGCCUGGCACCUGGAGCAGUCCUUCAGAGACGAUUCGUCAGCCUGGGCACAGAGGAAGUGUCUGCAAUGGGACGACCUGGAGAGGAAGCUGCCUGACUUCCUGGACGAGCUCAUCGACUGUCCCUGUUCACUGGCUCAGGCCCGCGCAGACACAGGAAGGUUUCAUACUGAUUACAGCUGUAACAUUGAGACGGGCAGUGUGUGUACGUACCACCCUGGUAGUGUCCACUGUGUCAGAGCCGUUCAGGCCAGUUCAAGUCAUGGAUCAGGGCAACAGUGUUGCUAUGACAACACAGGUGCUCUGGUCCUGACAGGGGACUCGGUUGGUGGCAGCACCCCGGACCGUGCUCACGUCUGGGGCUCACCGCCAUACGGGGAGCCCCCUCGGGUUCCUGGGUUCUCCCACUGGCUUUACGACGUGACGAGCUUCUGCUACUGCUGCCUGUGGAGCGACCUCUGCCACAUCUACCUAAACCAUCGGCCUUCCACUGGAUGUCGCAGAUACCAGCCACCCAAAGCAGGUGUUGUUUUCGGGAAUCUGCAUUUUAUAACGUUUGACGGCCUCAGCUACACCUUCAGUGGCAGAGGAGAAUAUUACCUGUUGCUGUCAACAGACAAAAACCUGAGUGUUCAGGCCAGAACAGAACAGCUGAAACUUAAGAAUGGGACUUUAGUCGAAGCUACCCAGCUGUCAUCAGUGGCCAUGCAGGAGAACUCCUCUGAUGUCAUUGAGGUACGAACUGCUGGCGACCAUCUUCAGGUGCUGAGGAACCAGAAGAUUCUGUCUUUUACUGAGCAAAGAUGGAUGGAUCUGCAAGGUGUUUUUGUAUUUGUUCCCAGUCCUCAGAAUGUGACAGUAAUCUUUUCCUCUGGUGCUGCUGUGGAGCUCCGUCUGCAUGAAGCCACCAUGACGGCUACCGUCCUGCUUCUAGGGGAGUUUUCCAACCUCACCCUGGGUCUCCUGGGUCGGAUGAACUCUGAUCCGUCCGAUGACUUAAUGACCCGGUCAGGAGAGGUCGUAUCAUCUAACGCCACACUGGAGGAAAUCUUUACCUUUGGAGCUGGAUGGAACAUAUCAAACAUGUCUUCCCUUUUCACCUAUGACUCCCACUACCUUUUGGAUUCAUAUUUUUUUCCAUUAAGCCACGACCCUGCUUUUGUUCCGGCCUUUUCUCUGCCUCUGAAACCUGAUGACCCCUUGGCAGCAGACAUGUUGUCGAUGUGUUUGGGAGAAGGGGCGCAGUUCUGUAUACAUGAUACCCUUAUCUCUCGGAGCCUGGCGGUGGGAAACGCCACACUCAGGGCCCAUCAACAUCAUCAGGCCUUAAUGGAAGCCCUGAAGCCAGUGGUAUCAUGUGGCUGGCUUCCCACACCCAGGAAUGGGAAGAAGAAUGGAACACAUUACCUGCAGGGGAAAACCCUGGGCUUCACCUGCAAUGAAGGCUACAUACUGUACAGGUCAACAGAGCGCACCUGUCUGAAGGACGGGACAUGGACAGGGGAGCAGCCCUACUGUAUUACAGAUGAUAAAGUGGGGUUCUUUCUUGGGGCAUUUGGAUCCUUCUCAGCAUUGGUCACCAUGGUAAUAACAAUAAAACUACACCACAGAAAGCAAACCAGAGAGAGAAAACAGGAACCUCUGGAGAUGGUGACCCAAACACAGACUUGAUUAACCUUCAACGCCCUCUUGGAUUAUGGAGGAUUGCUCUGUUUUGAACUCAGUAGUUGGAACUAACAUGAAACUCAUUUGCCCAUUUGGAUGUUGUUGUUUUUUUGUUCUUUUGACCCAUUGAUGUUAUCAGAAAAGCCUGAGGCAUUAACUUUCAGGCAUGCUGCUUGGCCUCAUGUUUUCUCCCAUGUUUAGUCUGGAGAAACUCCAGGUUGUGGCAAAUGGUGCGUGGGGUGACAACUGUGGCAACCAAAGUGAGGAGAAAAACAAGAGAAAAAAGUUUUCAUAUCACAGAUUUGCAUGGCCAAACGGUUGAUUUUGUCAAGAAAGAAAGUUGUAUAAAUACUACAAGGCGAUAUCAUCUUCACCAUCAACACUCCUUUCUCCCUGCUGGUUUAAAAUGGGACCAGAUGUGUUCUUGCUCAUGUCAACUGUGUAGCGAACCCAAUCGUUUUUCGGUUGAACAACUUUGAACUUGUACACAGGGUUUGUGUGGCCUCAAAUGCUUCAGUCAAACGAAGAGUUUGCUGAGUGACUGAGGGAGGGAGAGAAAAAAAAAAACUCCCCCAGUGUUACAUAAAGGUCAGCCUAUUACACCGUAUCGACACUUUGUUUGUGAAUCUUUGUUCUGUUUCAUAUUUGCAUGAAAAUAAUGAUGGAGCGAAAGUUUCUAUAAACACUUGAAAACAGCAAGGCAAUAAAUAAUACUGUGUUUGACAUGUGGUAUGUACACUGUGUGUGGGUGCACACUACUGUUUAGAGCUCAUGCAGGGAUAAAGGAAUCAUCCCUCUACAAGCCUGCAGGCACGCACGGCCGGGUACAGCAGCACGCCCCGUCAGGAAGACAGUCAUAUCACUUUACCUCUCCGUCCCAUCUUCUACUUUGAACAAAACAAAAUACUCAGUGCAGUCAAAGGAAACAGUGACAGGGUCCCUUGUGGCUGAUCCCUGGCAAUGAUAGGUGGGGGUCCAGCUUAGGGUUCAAGUCAAAAACUAAUUGAAAUAACCUGGCCUGCUGCACUUUGAAGUUUUUUUGCAACAUGAGAGCUCUGUUUCUCCUCUAUGCGCCAACUGCCUGUUGUUAACCUUUAAGAUGACAAUGAAGCUUGAAGGCAGCACCUUUUCUGCUUCCUGAUGUUUUUCCAUUGCAAACAAGAAAUUAAAGAAGAAACAAGCAGCUUGCAGCCAGAUUGCAUAUUAAACAUAACUUUUUUUACAUACCUUUUUUUUAAAAACUCGAAUAACAUUCUUUAAAUGAAUCCAGAUCACAAUAUUUGCUUCACAGUCACAUCAGUCACCAGGCAUUACUUAUUAAAUCAAUAGCAGUAGGGAUAAAAUGUAUUGGGAGGUGAGAGAUAAACAAUGUGGAAGGCUUUUUUUUUUCUGACUUGUUCAUUUGAUAUGACAGAUAUGUCCUGCAGAUGUGUAAGGAAAUAUCAGAGCGGCGUGAUAUUUCUUGUCAAAGUGAAGUUUGUCAACGAAAGCGAUAUCAAGUUACUGUCAGCAUAUCACUCCAUCUAGUAAAAAGACAGUCAUUGUGAGCGUGAAGGGAAACUCUUUGUGCACUCCUGAAUACUAUCUGAAGAUUAGGAAAGUAUUUGAGUUUUCUGUCAGUAGAUUUUAAGUGCAAACAUAAGCAAUAGUGGUAAGAGACAUUAUAGUGUUGAAGUAUAGUGCUUAUGAGACACUAUAUAUAAUACACUAUAUAAAAAAAAUUUAAAUUUAAGUAAUCUGUUCCUCAGCUGGUAAUAAGUUAAGGAGCAGUUGCCAAAAAAACUCAAAACGGAUCUAAAAGUGUGUCUAAAACUAGACCAAUGGAAACUCCUUGUGAUGCCAGUUAUGCUCGCAGCUAUCAAAGCCAUCCAGAAGAAAAUAAAUUCUUGUCAGUGACUAAAACUUCAACCCGCCUCCAAAUUUUCCAUAUUUGGUGCAGUCUUGCAAAGAUCAAAUAGGUAUGUUUGUGGUGUGGAAGAGAAAACAUCUUUGAUACCAUUUAUUGUUUUUAAAGGGGAAGUGUUAUGUAUUUUCCAGGCAUAUAGUGCCAUUUUAUAGCACAGUCAAAUAACCAUGUCAUCUUUUGUUAUAAAAACGCUAUAUAUAUCAAAUAGGACUUAAAAGAAAUUUGACUUUGUAAUUUAAUGCUUGAAAUUGGGCCUCUGUCUUUUUAAAAACUCCUGCUCUUUCUGACACUCCAUCUUCACGAAAGUCAGCACAAAUUGCCCCUCUAUUAACCCUAUAACAACGCUUUUACCAGCGUUUCACUGAGAAGUGGUUUGUAUAAUGGCCUCAGCAGAUGUGCAGUUCCACCAAGUGUUUGCUAAUUGCUGCUCACUAGUCUGAAGGAGCUCUGAGGGAGUUGUGGGAGAGGGAUGCUCUGUGAGGCGGAAACUCAGAAGUUUGGAAACUGCAGGUCAGAGGAGGAACAGUUCAUCCACAUGAACUCGCACAAAUCCGCCCCUGAGCAUCGUAAGGGCCAGGGUAGCACAAAGCUAAAAUCUACAUCAGCCAAUCAGAUUGCUUCCAGUUGGGAAUUAAGCAUGGCAACAGGAAAUUGAUUUGUUGAACUACUGUUAAAUAAUGUAGAAUAUAAAGCAAGUAAAACACAAAGACAAUGUUGCUUGGGAAUCGUGUCCAAACAAAUAUGUGGAUAUACAAACUGUUAUGCAAGAGACCCUAAAGCUCCAUUUUCCCUUCUACAUUCACAAACACAAAUACUGAGUUUUCUCACAACUUCACUUUGGUCUGAGUUUUUAUGUUGGGUUCUGCAGGGAAGUGGUUUUCUUCUCCUUCACAGGGUGGCAGGCUGAUGUGAGCCAGUUGUUACUCAUCACCACCACAUUUCAGCACCACUCAUCUGCUUCUACAGUGGUACUCUCUGGCUGUCAGUGCUGUAUUCCCAGUGUCAUCCUUGUUCUGACUCCUUUUCAUCUGUUCCUUCCUCUACAGUGAACCAGCGCUGAACACUCUCUGAGCCAGACUCACCUGAAGUAUCUGAUCCUAGCUGCUCCGUUGGGCCUUGCACCUGGGUGCGUCACGCCCGCCACUCAGCUGCCUGUCCGCCCUCAAUCACCUGCUGGAACUCCCCCAUCUGGAAACCACCACACCAACUGUUGGAACCCCAUGUACUCUCCUCUGCUUACCUCAACCCGCAGACCUUCCUGCGCUGACCCGGUUCCUGCCUGCUGUCGCAGAUUGACGCCCCUCCACACGCUCUCCAGCACAUUCUACUGCUAAAUAAAUCUGUUAAAACUG